CAGCCUCUUAUAAAUUGCGGUCUGUAAGUCUGUAACCGGCGAAAAAUUCUUUGUUUUAUUUUUAUGCCAUUUUGUUAAAAUUGUGACCCAAUUAUACGGUUACUUUACUACUCACUUCCUUAUGACACUAUAUUUGGCGGGAAAGAGAUUUUAGUGUACUUAUUUUGAUGUUAGAAUACUUAUAAAACGACCCGAAAUGGAUAAAAGAAAGCAGUUCAAAGGACCUCCUCCAAAAAGGUUUAAAUCUCAAGACGAUGACGAAGAAAAUGAAAUGCCUUGUAGUUUUGAAGAGCAACUGGCGGGAAUGGAAUGUAGCGAUUUUGAAUCGCCUGAAGUUAUUGGUGUCGGACCUGAUAAUCAAUCGACAAAUGUCAAAUGGUCCCGACCAGAGCCACCUAAAAUGGAUCCUAAAAAAGAUAAUUUGGUCUUCCAACAGAUUGAUAUAGAUCACUACAAUGGAAAACCCAUGCAAGGUAUGCCUGGAUCACAGCUUGCGCCUGUUCCUAUCAUGAGAAUGUAUGGAGUAACUAUGGAUGGAAAUUCUGUGUGCUGUCAUGUUCAUGGAUUCACACCCUACUUUUACGUGACUGUUCCACUGAAUUUCAAUGAAUCUUCAUGCAAUGAAAUGAAGACAAAUCUUAAUAAAGCUAUUUUAGAAGAUCUUCGUUCCAAUAAGGAUGAUAUUCGCGAAGCGGUGUUAGAGGUUCGUUUGGUGAAAGCUAGAUCUCUUAUGUACUUCAAAGGAGACUCUGAGAUCACAUUUGCACGUAUUUCAGUAGCAUUGCCUAAACUGAUUGCUGCUGCUAAGAGACUCAUUGAUAAACAACCAACAUCGUAUGGUGUAAUGGACCCAUCAUUUUAUGAAUCAAAUAUUGAUUUUGAUAUUAGGUUUAUGGUUGAUACCAAUGUGGUGGGCUGCAGUUGGAUUGAAUUGCCUACUGGAAAGUGGACUAUUAGAUCAAAAGAUACAAAAAUAAAACCUGAGACUCGUUGUCAAAUUGAAGUGGAUGUGGCAUGGAAUGUUUUCAUUGCUCAUCAACCUGAAGGUGAAUGGUCAAAAGUGGCACCAUUCAGAGUACUUAGUUUUGAUAUUGAAUGUGCUGGCAGAAAAGGUGUAUUUCCAGAGCCCAACCAUGAUCCUGUAAUACAGAUUGCAUCUAUGGUGAUUAAACAAGGGGAAACAGAACCAUAUUUAAGAAAUGUCUUUACACUAAAUACAUGUGCACCAAUAGUGGGCAGUCAAGUAUUAAGUUUUCAAAGUGAAGCUGAAAUGCUUGCUAAAUGGUCUGACUUCUUUCGUGAAUUAGACCCUGAUAUAAUAACUGGUUACAACAUAAGCAAUUUUGACUGGCCUUAUUUAAUAAACAGAGCAAAGCAUUUGAAAGUAGACAAUUUUGAUUUCUUGGGUCGCAUAAAAAAUGUGAGAUCUGUUAUUAAAGAUUCUGUUUUACAAUCAAAACAAAUGGGAAGACGGGAGAAUAAGUCUAUAAAUUUUGAAGGCAGAGUUCCAUUUGACUUGUUGCUUGUUCUCGUAAGGGACUAUAAACUAAGGUCAUAUACUUUGAAUGCUGUUAGCUACCAUUUCCUUCAAGAGCAAAAAGAAGAUGUUCAUCACAGCAUUAUUACAGAUUUACAAAAUGAAAGUGAGCAAACCAGAAGAAGGUUAGCAAUGUACUGCUUAAAAGAUGCCUAUUUGCCCCUUAAAUUACUGAACAAAUUAAUGAGCAUAGUAAACUACAUGGAAAUGGCCAGAGUCACAGGAGUUCCAUUAUUGUGUUUACUUACAAGAGGUCAACAAAUCAAAGUGGUCAGUCAGCUAUUGAGAAAAGCUAAAGAAGCUGGAUAUUUAAUGCCAGCUUACCAAGGACAAGGUUCAGAUGAUCAAUUCGAAGGUGCCACAGUCAUUGAACCAAAAAAAGGAUAUUAUGCUGAUCCCAUAUCAACUUUAGAUUUUGCGUCUUUGUAUCCCAGUAUCAUGAUGGCUCACAAUUUGUGUUACACAACACUUUUACCAGCAAACAUGCAAAGAGAACUGAAUUUAAAUUCUGAUGACAUAACCACAACUCCAACAAAAAAUAUGUUUGUAAAAGCUAACAUUCGGAAAGGAUUACUGCCAGAAAUUUUGGAGUCAUUGCUAGCUGCAAGGAAAAAAGCGAAAGCAGACUUAAAAGAGGAAAAGGAUCCAUUUAAGCGAUCAGUUCUUGAUGGACGACAGUUGGCUUUAAAAAUCAGUGCUAAUUCAGUUUAUGGUUUUACUGGAGCACAGGUGGGAAAACUGCCUUGCCUUGAAAUAUCAGGAAGUGUAACAGCCUAUGGAAGGACUAUGAUAGAAUUUACUAAAUCAGAAGUUGAGAAAAAAUAUACAAAAGGAAAUGGGUAUAAGGAAGAUGCUGUUGUUAUCUAUGGAGACACUGAUUCUGUAAUGGUUAAAUUUGGAGUUAAAACACUUGAAGAAAGCAUGGAGCUAGGUAAAGAAGCUGCGGAUUUCGUCACUUCUAAAUUUGUUAAACCUAUUAAACUUGAGUUUGAAAAAGUAUACUAUCCCUAUCUCCUUAUAAACAAAAAGAGGUAUGCUGGUCUUUACUUUACCAGACCCGAUAAAUACGACAAAAUGGACUGCAAAGGUAUUGAAACUGUCAGACGUGAUAACUGUCCACUUGUAUCAAACAUGAUGAGCACAUGUCUUCAAAAGUUACUGAUAGACAGAGACCCAGAUGGUGCAGUAAACUAUGCCAAACAAAUUAUAGCUGACCUACUUUGCAACCGAAUUGAUAUCUCUCAGCUUGUCAUAACAAAAGAGCUUACUAAAAAUGAUUAUGCAGCUAAACAAGCUCAUGUGGAAUUAGCCAAUAAAAUGAAAAAAAGGGAUCCAGGAACAGCACCAAAGCUUGGUGACAGAGUUCCUUAUGUUCUAUGUUGUGCCACUAAAAAUACACCUGCUUACAUGAAAGCAGAAGAUCCCAUAUAUGUAUUGGAAAACAGCAUUCCUAUUGAUUUUAAUUACUAUUUAGAAAACCAAUUAUCCAAACCACUUCUGAGAAUAUUUGAACCCAUUCUUGGUGAGAAAGCAGAAUCUCUUCUUCUUAAAGGGGAACACACUAGGACAAAAGCUAUGGUAACAUCAAAAGUUGGUGCCUUAGCUGCUUUCACUAAAAAGAAAGAGAAGUGCAUUGGAUGUAAAUCCAUCUUGCCUGAUAAUGUAAAGAAAGCUUUAUGUAAUCAUUGCAUGGAAAAAGAAGGUCAGUUAUACAUAACUGAAGUAUUCAAACUCAGACAACUUCAAGAAAAGUUUUCUAGACUUUGGACUGAAUGUCAAAGAUGCCAAGGAAGCUUGCAUGAAGAGGUGCUUUGCACUAAUAGAGAUUGUACUAUUUUUUAUAUGCGUAAAAAAAUGGGUAUGGAACUAGACACUCAGGAAAAGAAUGUAUUACGUUUUGGAGAGCCAAUUUGGUGAUAAUCCUUGGAGGUAAUUAUAAGUAAAAUUUAAAAAUUAAGUUUCUUGUGU